AUGUUAUGCAAUUUAAAUAUCUUUGUACAGCAGGUAGGCUACCCCUACCUGGGCAUGGAAGAAAGAGCAAAAAAUCAAACACUGGAAUCUGCCAUUUGAUCAGAACUGCUAAGGAAAACAAUUCUCCUGUUCAACUAAGGUGUCUUGAGGGCUGAGGGCAUUGAAUCCAUCUGAGUUCAGUUGCACAUCUCUGCCAUGAGUAGGCUACAUCUCUGGGGUACAAGAUCAUUCUGGAGCACCUGACCAAAUUAAUGUAUCUAUUUUGAGUUAGGCCACUGUCUUUCACUAAUUUGUCAACAGAGGGUGUAAUAAAAAAAAUUAAAAAAAAUAAAAAGUAAAAGCCUGCAAAAAACAUGGGCUGUUACUCACUAUGCCUAUGAAACUGAUAUGUAUGGUUUUACCACCUACAAGUCAACAGAUGUUGAGAAAACGAUUUGGCAUGUGAUAUUCUUGUGACAUCUAUGUUAAACCUCACAGGUAAAACUGAUUAAAACAGCUGUCUGGAAUGUUCUAUAUACACGAUAUGAAACACUUUCGCGGUCAGAUUUGGACAGGCAACUUUGAUCAGUUGUCCAUUACAUCCUUUUUAACCUUCCGACUUCAACCACACGAUUUGCUCGGGAGUAUGAUUGGCAGGUGAGGUUCGUUUGUCACGUGGUAAUGGAAGACUAUCGACCGUAAAUGUCUAAUCAAGGUAUUAGCUGGUCUCAGGUCUUCACAGACUUUGUGCAAAGUACCUAGGCUGCUGAGCUUAAUUGUGAUUGCUGGUUACGCCCUGGGACACUGCUCAUGAGGCCGGAUGGAAGAAGAUAUGUCCGUGCACGACUUCGGUAGUCCGUUCCUGAUCUGUGAUGAGGAUGAGGAAGAGGAAGACUAUUACCAAGGAAAGCAAGAGGCUGAUGAAGAGAGAGAAGAUGAUAAGGAAGAGAAGGAUGGACAUCAGAAUAGCAUCCUGACACCUGUGAUGGGAAAAGCAGGGGAGAAGCAAGAGAAGAUCAGUGGGGAAAUCACCACAGCAAUGAUGAGCAAAGAUACAGAGGAAGACCGAGAGAAGAGGCAGGAAGAAAUGUCAGAGGAGAGAACAGAACAGGCAGAGGAGAUGAAGCAUGUAGAAGAGUCCGAAAAGAAAGAGAGAGGAAAGGAAGAUGGAGAGAUGUUAUAUUUGAGAGGAAAGAUGGAGGGAAAUAUGAGAGAGGAAACAGACAUGGAGGGGAAAGGAACAGCUGGGAGUGGAGGAGAGGAGAGAGUGAAGACUGAUAUAAGCCUCGGUAGUGUGCUGUCUGUGUGUGAGCAGUCUCUAGAGCAGAGCAUGAGUGCAGGCCUGGCGUUCAGACACGUCCCACAGCCACUCCAGCCUCCCGAUGCCCAGCCUGAGGCCCUCUCUGUGGGGAAGCACCAGGCGGGCGUCCCCUCUCAAACACUGGAAGUGAGCACAAUGCUUCCCCCAAUGGAGGUCCAGCUGACGCAGGUGUACACCACCCGCCAGUACACACGCUUCACGGGCCACGGCCCCCCAAUGCACCCCCUGAACACUCAAACACAGGCACCUCCCACAGACCACGCCACACUGCCCCCCGUGCCCAAGAAGAAGACGCGCACACUGUACUCAGCAGAUCAGCUCCAGGAGUUGGAGCGCUUGUUUCAGGAUGAUCACUACCCCGAUGGGGACAGGAGAAGGGAGAUUGCUGCAUCAGUUGGAGUCACACCCCAAAGGAUCAUGGUGUGGUUUCAGAAUCGCCGUGCUAAGUGGCGAAAAACAGGGAAGGAACCACUGAAGACACACAAAAACACCCACAGAACAUCUUAUUUUUCAGGGACUGUUCCGUCAGUGCUUCCCCAGCCGCCCGCCCACACACCGACCCUUCCACCCUACAGCUCCCUCAUAGGCAGCCUGACCAGCCCAGCCGCACGCAUUGGACAGGUGUAUGUCUCUCCAGAAGGUGGCCCCCCUCCCAUGCAGAGUCCCCCUCCCCUGCGUCGAGCUUCUCUGUCUCUCUCGCUCGACCCUAAUCAACACAUACUCAACCUGCCUACUGCUGACACGUGGAGUAAUUACACGGACCUCUCCUCACUGAAGAUGGACCCCCAGCACCAUGUUGCCUUUGUUCCUAUGUCAAACACAAUGCACUAUCAGUCUAAGGCUCACACCCAGCCGCUGCAGCACACAAACACACUCACUCAACAGUACCUCUCCAACCUCUCUUAUAUAAACCCCACAUAUAUCAACAACGGCCCGGCCCACACAGGCCACACACACACCCCUACCCAGCUGGCAUACACUCUGCCAACGCCCAACAGCCUGGUGCCCGCCUGCUGCCAACAGAACAAUCAGAUGCACCAGGUGCAGUCACGUCUGUGUUCCAGUGAUCCCCCCCCACCCCAGCCUGCAGUGUAUCAGGGUCCGGGGCGCUUGUCCCUCCACCUGCAACCCGCAUCCCACUACAGCACCUCGCCCCUCCCUCACACACACUCACAUGUACACACUCACACAAACACACACUACCCGCUCCACACCCCUCUGACCAAAGAUGGCAACCCCCUGAACUCGGUGACCAUGGGGACCCAGCCAGGGCCCUCACAGAGCCAACCCAGCCGGAGGGAGGCAGACACGCACACUCACACAGACGUGUCGUUCCAUUGUGACUUCUCCCCCAUCCUCCUUUAGCUGUCAAAGGUGUCCAACAUUGACAGAGAAGCUUGGCUCUUGAGUAGCAUUAUCGAGAUUGUGUUUUUGUAUAGAGACUUCUGUGAGUAUUGGGACCUCAUUUUGUUUACUUAAAAAAAAAAAGUGAAUGUUGCUGAGCUUUAUUAAACUGUUGGUAUGUAGUCU